AUGGUAAGCACAUAAACAGCACGCGCGCAUGGAAACGCCAUCCCCGAGCUAACAGCUAUCUAUCAAUAGGGUCAAGGUCAGUCAGGCCUUGGGGGCCCAGGUGGCGGUGGUCCACCCGGCGACGACAAGAAGAAGGGCGAUAAGAAGGACAAGCCAAAGUACGAGCCGCCGCCACAGCCAACAACUCGCAUCGGCCGCAAGAAGAAGAAGCAGGCUGGUCCAAACGCCGCCGCUAAACUUCCGACCGUCUAUCCUACCGCACGAUGCAAACUCCGAUACCUGCGCAUGCAGCGUGUGCACGAUCACUUGCUGCUGGAAGAGGAGUUCGUCGAGAAUCAAGAGCGGAUAAGGAAGGCAAAGGCUGUCAACCAGCAGCAGCCGCAAUCGUCGGGCGGCGACAGCGAUGCGCUGGACAGGAAUGCCGACGAGCGGAGUAGAGUGGACGACAUGCGUGGCUCGCCGAUGGGCGUCGGCAAUCUCGAGGAACUCAUCGACGAUGAUCACGCAAUUGUCUCCUCUGCCACCGGACCUGAGUACUACGUCUCCAUCAUGUCUUUCGUCGACAAAGAUCUGCUCGAGCCUGGCGCCUCCAUCCUUCUUCAUCACAAGAGUGUGUCUGUGGUAGGUGUUCUUACAGACGACGCCGAUCCAUCCGUCUCGGUCAUGAAGCUGGAUAAAGCGCCGACGGAGAGCUACGCGGAUAUUGGAGGCCUGGAGACACAGAUCCAAGAGGUUCGAGAGGCUGUGGAAUUGCCGUUGUUACAUCCGGAGCUGUACGAGGAGAUGGGAAUCAAACCUCCAAAGGGUGUCAUUCUCUACGGUGCACCCGGAACGGGAAAGACCCUUCUCGCCAAAGCUGUCGCCAACCAAACAUCUGCUACCUUCCUUCGAAUCGUCGGCUCCGAACUUAUCCAGAAGUACUUGGGUGACGGUCCUCGUCUAGUCCGACAGCUCUUUCAAGUCGCUGCUGAGAACGCUCCAUCUAUCGUCUUCAUCGAUGAAAUCGAUGCCAUUGGCACAAAGAGAUACGAGAGUACGAGUGGCGGAGAGCGCGAAAUCCAGCGAACUAUGCUGGAACUUCUUAAUCAGCUCGACGGUUUCGAUGACCGCGGCGAUGUCAAGGUCAUCAUGGCUACCAACAAGAUCGAAACGCUCGACCCUGCUCUCAUCCGACCCGGCCGUAUUGACCGAAAGAUCCUCUUCGAGAACCCCGAUCAAGUCACCAAGAAGAAGAUCUUCACACUUCACACUUCGAAAAUGAGCUUGGCUGAGGAUGUAGAUUUGGAUGAGUUCAUCAACCAGAAGGACGACCUUUCCGGUGCGGACAUCCGUGCCAUCUGCUCAGAGGCUGGUCUCUUGGCGCUGCGCGAACGGAGAAUGCGCGUCAACAUGGCCGACUUCCGUGCGGCUCGCGAGAGCGUACUGAAGACGAAGAGCGAGGGUGAGCCAGAAGGCCUGUACCUGUAA